CCUACCUUGAGCCCUUCUCUUGCUCCACAUAUCUAGCUAGUAGUACCUAUCUAGCUACACAAAGCUUGCUCGGCAACAAUGGCGGCAGGUGGAGCUUCCCUUCUUGCUGCCGUUGCUGUUUUCGCCAUGCUGAUUAUGUCGUCCCUGGGGAAUCCGAAGCCUUUAUGCAGUGACUGUGGGACGUUGUGCAGUACCAAGUGCAACGAGGAGGCUAAUACCUCCUGCAGCAGUAACUGUUACAACCCUCGGGAGGAAUGCCAGAGGCAGGUUUCCGAGGGGUGCACCAGAGAUGGUACCUGCUGCAGUAGCUAUGGCACGUGCACUUGUGACUGCAACGCCAUAGCUCAAGAACGUUGCAGCAGCGUCACCGACGGCUCUGUACGUUGUGAAUCUUGCAAGCGUGCCAUGUUCGACCAGUGCAAUCCCAGUUGUGUUAGCGACUGCAACACCAACUGCAAGAAGAAAGGGUGCAACACAUAGGAAAUAUCAUGUCUUGUUGUUGUCAUAUGCAGAUCGAUUUUGAUAAUCGCCAUGGCCGGGUUCUGUGCGAUGGCAAGUCACCUCCAGCCUUUUGUUGUUGUUAUUUAUUCCUUCUACAGAGCUCGCGUGCAUCCACCUGACCACCUCGCAUGCGUUCACUGGCUUGCAUACAUCAGCUUGUCCAUCCAAGUAUGCAUUUGUGUGUCAUUGUAUUACCCAAUAAUAUUGGAAUUAAUGUGAGGCGCGCCUUCACCAUGCCA